GACAACUGAUUUCUUGUGGUCAUAGUGUUAUCCUGCUGUCUAUAUAUACUCGCUUGACACGCAGCAAAUAUGGGCUGAAGCAAGGUUGCAGUAAAAGGCAGCGAGAUCGUUUCAACCUCCCUCCUGGCCCGUGGGGUUUCCCGGUUGUCGGCGUCUUACCCCUCCUCGACAAAGAUCCCCAGCUGACUAUGAUGAAAUGGGCCAAGAAGUAUGGCAACAUUUUCACCGUCAAAAUGGGAACCACAACAACGGUUAUAUUGAACGGUUAUGAAGCUAUCCGAGAUGUGUUUCAGAGACAGGGAGCCUCAUCUUCUGGCAGGCCGCAUCUUCCGGCCUUUGGGUUUCUCCGUGGGAAAGGUAUAUUAUGCGCUGAUUACAACAAGGCAUUUAAACGACAGCGAGAGUUUAUCAUAAAAUAUUUGUCAAAGCUUGACGUGGAAAAGCACAUUGAAGAUGAAGUCGACGCUCUUAUGCAAUACAUAAGGCACAAAAACGGACAGCCGUUCGACUUCAACAGUGCUGUUAGUGCUUCCACAUCUAACAUCAUAGGGGCCAUAUUGUUUGGCAGCAGACAGGAAUACGACGACCCAGACUUCCAAGCGUUAAUUAAUGCCUACCACCACGCGAUCAAACUAAGUAGCCAAGCCUCCAUCCAGAACUUUCUUCCGUUUCUGUGGUUUUUGCCUCAGUGCAGAAAAUUGUCAAUUGCCUGGGAAGCUUUCGCAGAAGCCGUUAACCGAAUUCUGGAAAAGCAUAAAAAGGGUUACAGGCCAUUGGCAACACGAGGGCUUACUGAUGCUAUGAUGCAUCAAAUAAACAUGAACGAUUUGAAUGAAGGGUCAUUGUUCGACUUCGAUGAUGUCAAAGGUAAUUGUCAAACUUUGUAUGCCAGCGGUUCGGAAAGGGUCGCGGCAGUUUUGACAUGGGGGAUGCUGUUCUUGUUGUCUUAUCCAGAUGUCUGCAACAAGCUUCAAUCAGAGUUGGAUGAAGUCGUGGGGAAAUCACGUCGCCCAACACUUGAUGACAGGCCAAAUCUUCCCUUCACUUGCGCUACCCUAAUGGAAAUCCAGCGUUGUAAUAACACAUCACCGUUCUCGGUUCCUCACAAAGCUACACAGGACAUCAGAGUUCAUGGUUACUUGAUACCCAAGGGGACUCAACUUAUGGCAAACUACUGGUCAAUAUUCAUGAACGAAACAGUUUGGCCCAAUCCAUACGACUUUCAACCGAUGAGGUUUAUUGACGACCGUGGCAAUGUGAAAAAAGUCGAAGGAUUUAUACCAUUUUCGUUAGGCAAGCGUUCCUGCCCAGGAGAGAGUCUUGCCAGACCGGAGAUGUUUCUGAUCCUCACAACCUUGGUGCACGCUUUCACGUUCCACGUGCCAGAUGGAGAGGUGCUUCCGGCCCCAGUUGGUAUCACCGGCGCUGUGUACAUGUCGCCGAAGUUCGCCGUGUGUGCCCGACCAAAAAACUAAUACAAUUAUAAAACUUACACGAAGGACUAUUAGGGGUUUGCUCUUAACAUUAUUCAAACAUGUCAGCAUCACCUUUUCUUUACAUAUUAUAUUUCUGUGUUACAUAAAUGGUCAUUGUGGUUUGGAUUUAAUUUCAAUAUUAAUCAGAUUUAGCCAAUAAUUCCAAAGAAUCAACAAAGGGUGUCAGAAAAGUUUUAAGCACUGCUUACAUGGUAUCACAUUUCCAAGCGCAAAAACAUUUUUCAACAAACUCAUUAAAAGUGCGUCAUGAAGGUCUCAUCUCCCAUAACAAGAAGAUAAAAAAGGAUAAAUUGGGUAAAAACACAAAUAGGCCCCUUUUACUAC